CCUCCACACCCUGCAGUCUCAGGAAGUUCCUCUGCAUUCCUGCUAUAAACACACACACACACACACACACACACACACACACACACACACAGACAGAAUACUGAGAGGAACCACAUACUGAGGCUGGGAGUUUGGAGGAGGUAUGCUGUAGGACUGGAGACCAGAACCUCAUCAUCAACACUCUGAAAGAUUUGUUCAGCUUUUUGGACCACCAUGAGUGUGAGACUGUUGUGAGGAUGUACUAGGCAGAGCGGUACCUUAAGGCUCACCAUGAGUAAGGCAGGUGGUGAUGAAAUUGGCGGUGGCAGCAGCAGUGAAGGAGCCCAUCAGCCGGAGAGUCCCUCAGAGAAGGUCCUGAGCAAACUCAGUGCCACCACUUUGCCUAUUGGACACGGCUGGACCAAAGUUAGUUGCCCCUGCUGUGUGUCGGAGCGGGUCGAGCCAUUGGUUCUGGUGAAGCUCGGAGAGAAAGUUCGCCCUGAGACGAAAAGGUGGCUCAUGAGACUGAUUGGAGCUCCUCAGAAAGAUGGAGGUGCUGGAUUACUGGCCCACCCGGGCAAGGAUGCCAGUGGUAACAUCAUUGUGGUCUCCGCUCCACGCUGUACGUUACUUAGAGCCACUGAAGAGUUGGGACUAUGUAAGACUUACCGCAACGAGGACAUGGCAGCCUUCUCCUACAACGACAGAGACAACUUUAAAGAUUCAGACAACAUGGAGAUGUUCCUGACCCUGGCGGAGCGGCAGUACAUAGUGAAGUAUGAGCUGGACGGUAUGCGGGCACAGAGAGACCUGAGAGUACCAGGUCUGGCUGACAGCUACACACUGCAACACAGAGACAACAUCUGGCAGAAGCUUGGGUCAGCUGGUGUUAUUGUGGACAUGUUUCCCCUCCACAUCCCAGGCAAACUGAAGGAUCUCAGUAAAGCCUGGUACUCUGGGAAUCAGCUGGCUCAGCCACUGGAUUCAGUCAAUGGGUAUUUUGGAAGCUCUGUGGCUUUCUACUUCAGCUUCCUUGAUUUCUACACCUGGUCUCUGCUCCCACCAGCGAUACUGGGCCUGUCCAUCACAUACUUUUCAGGCGAGGUUCAGAAGGACAUGGAGUCGGUCUCUGGCUCAGGAGUCACAAGGGUUGAAGAUGAAUCAGCAGUUGUCAGCGGCCACAUGAUCCAGGCAGUGUUCAGCAUUCUCUGGUCCACGAUUUUUAUGGAGCUGUGGAAGCGUCGGAGCGCCUCGCUGUCCUACCGCUGGGGGACCCUGAACCUCGCAGAGCGCUUCGCAGAGCCCCGGCCCGGUUUCCAUGGCGAGGUCGGGGUCAACCCUGUGACAGGUCGUGUGGAGCCGCUCUUUCCUGAAUGGCAGAGGGACCUGCGUAUGGCACUGGUGUCAGUCCCAGUGGUGGGGCUGUGCUUAGGGUUGGUGGCACUGGGUAUGCUUUGUUUCUACUGGGGGGAGGCCCAGGUGCAACAGCUACACAAAGACUGGGACUCCCUGUUGUCUCAGACUUUGCUCUACUUGCCAUCAAUGCUUCACAUUGUCUAUACAAACAUGUUGGCGACUGCUUACAGGAAGGUGGCACAGUCUCUGACUGAAUAUGAGAACCACAGAGAGGAGUCUGCCUUCGAGAACCAUCUGACAGCCAAAGUCUUAGUGUUCACCUUCUUCAACUACUUUGCAGUGCUCUUCCACAUCGCCUUCUUCAAGCAGGAUGUGCCUUUGCUUCGAAAGCGUCUAGCAUCAUUGCUGAUAGUGACACAGCUGGUCAACCAGUUCACAGAGGUGGUCAUACCCUACAUGGUGGAUCGGUUCAUCAGUGCCCCCUAUAGGACAGAGAGUGAGGACGAUCCAGAGGAGGACAAAUUUAGGAACCAGAGCAACCUACCUGCUUUCCCUGGCCUGUUUGCAGAGUACAUCGAGCUCCUGGUGCAGUUUGGGUAUUUGAGUCUUUUCUCCUGCGUGUAUCCUCUGACGGCUUUGCUGCUGCUCAUCAAUAACGUAACGGAGAUCCGAACGGACGCCUACAAGAUCUGCAAACUCUUCCGCAAGCCCUUCUCCCCCCCUGUAGCUAACAUGGGCGUGUGGCAGAUCGCAUUCGAGGUCCUGAGUUUUGCCUCUGUUGUGACCAACUGCUGGCUAAUGCUUCUCUCACCACAGUUACAAGAGCUGUUUCAGGGGGUCAGGAUGAGCAGCACAAACAUUCUGCUGUUGGCUGUUUUAGUGGAGCAUGUGCUGAUCUUGGUUAAGGUAAUUUUGGCAUUACUGAUCCCUGAUGAGCCGAACUGGAUCCGAAAAAAGAGAGAGCGUAUUGAGUACACAUCCAUGCAGGCCUUGAGACAGCAGAGGCAGCAUUCUGAAGAGUCCUGAUGCGUUAAGGGUGAUGUUUUAUGUUGCCCUGUGCUGAGCUGCUACAACCACAAGAUACAUUAUCAACCUCAUGGCCGGGCCACACUACCUGAACCUCUUGCUUUGCAUUUCGGUGUCCAUGUUAACAGGUUAGAGCAGCCACAAAGCAAUUGAGUGGUGGAACAUAUAAAUUUCAAUGUGUGUUUCAUUUAAGUGUAACGUUAACGCGUUAGGAAGAUCGCCUGUGCACACCUACACUUGAUGGCAUAAGCACAUAUAUGCCACACCAAUACUACAACUGACAUAACAAAAUUAACUUAGUCUUGUGUAGGAGCAGGUGUAUGAAGGAGACGUCUGGUUACCAACAGGGUGCAAACUACAGUGGAGUCAGGAAAAGCAAGCUCCCCUAAAAACAUGAUUAGGAAAUUUUGGGGGGGGUCACUGAAAUAUUGACAAAAUGCGAUUUUUACCAUUCAUUUCCAUUUUUCUGUAUCUUCAUCAUCACUGAUCAUGCGUAAAAUUAGGCUAUCGAUUUAUGAUUCAUGCAUGAGAGUGAUUUAUCAGUAAUUCACUCAAAUGAAGAUGCUGGCAUGCAUGCUAUUCUGUCAUCACCACUGAAGCGUGGUGUUGCAGUAUCAUAAACGGUCACCCACUUUAACUCAAACAUCAGAAAUAAAUGAACUUUCUUAGUCCCACUCAGUCUGCGCUCCAAAUCGCCAUGAUUUGUUUAAGAUAAUGCACCAGGUGAAAUGCUGGAAAAGCAUUACCCUUAGGCAAGCGCCUGUCCAACAAUGUACCAACCCCCACCCCCAGCAAUGCCACAUGUGCCUAUACAUGUAACAAAAAAUUUUUGAAUUUAGAAGUGUUAGCUGUAGUGUCAGGCCUUGCUCGAUAGUGCAGCACACUUGACCAUUUUAGCUUCGAUCAACACCUGCUCCUACACCUAACUAGGUUAAUUGGGUAAGUGGAGUACAAGGCUAAGGUUAAGUUAGGAUUUGAGGUACUGGUGUACACGAGUAUUGUUAUGUUACACCUCUCAUAUCGCACACGGCCGCAGCUACUCUUCAUUUAGUAUCAGAGUCUUCCCAGUUGUUUCCACCUUCUGUAUCCGUUUCAGAUUUAAAGCCCUCUAGUGUUUCUCUGGACAGAAUCCAUUCACUUGUUAACAAGGCUUUCAUUGUAUUGUAUUUAUGAAAGGCAAACUCUAUGUAGAAACAUAAGGCUGGCAGUAUCAGCACCGCAGCAGCAAUGCUGUCUGUGUGGACACCACACGUGCGUGAGCCGCAGCAGCUCAGCAAGGUAACAGUCAUGCACAGGUAAUGGUAGGCAGUGUGGCCCAAGCAUUAGUGUUGUGUGGGAUCUCUAGCAGGGUCCACAAUGCAUACUGCUGUGCCCCUAAUACUCCCCCUUUAUACUUUUGAAGCGUUCUGCUGCUUUUACUAAUAAGCAUGGUGCUUCUGUAUGCAAGGGUAUCCCCCAUAAAAUUUUUAGCCUUUAACACUUCAUUUUCUGUAUGCUGGUGAACUUUUCUGUACCAAUUUCUGCCUUUUCAACUUGUUGAAAGUCUUUAUUUAUGUAAAGGGAAAAUUUAGGUGGCAGGUGACAAUUCAAAAUAUAGAAAUGUAAUGGAAUAUCCUUUUGGUUUAUGUUAUUCUCUCACUUAUUGUAUACCAAAUACAUUAACUAGACACUGACAGACAACAGUGGUUAUAUUGGAUUUUAUUGAUCCAAAUUGUUGCUAGGAACAGUUCACUAGUUGCUGGAAAUUGGUAGGAUCAUGUCCAUCCCUACCUAAUUCUACACCCUUGCUGAAAUGUGCACCAUUUGAAAUGCACAGAUUAUAUAUAACAUGUACACUGCAAGUGCAAAACUAAAAUGUGUUUUUCCACAAUAUUACACAGCGAAUGGAAUGUAAUGGUUAUGUGUACAGAUACCCUUUUAAAAGGUUAUGUUAUGAUACACAGUGUUGAUUCAAAUGUAAUGAGGGGAACUCUUGUAAAAUCACUACAGCUACAGUGCCAGUCAGUACUUAGUAAGGGACAGACAGGACAGAUUAUUUGACGUUACUGGCCGAGGCAGAAAUGUAUGACAGAAUCACAGCCUUAUCUAGCACAGCUUUAUUUCCAGAAAAUCAUCCAUUUGUCUAUGGCUCAAUCAAAUUGAGAAAAACAGAUAGAUUGUAAUCCUGUACUUAAAUUUGCACUUGUAGUUUCAAUGCUCAGCUUACAGUGAAAAGAGUGACACGUUAUAGAGGCAUGUGAAGAAUUUUACAGUGGACUAUUAACUGUUCUACAAUAAUGGAUUUAUCAUCUGUGUGUGUACUAAAUUCACUUUCUUAUUUGAAUUAAUUAGUUGAGUCAUUUGUAGAAAAUGGUGCACUUAUACUUUCCAUUGAUGACCCUGUCCUCUCCUUAAAUAAUCACUUUAGGGUUAUAAGACCAUAUGACACCUGUAACACGAGAUGAGUACAGUAAACUAUGUGCCAAGAUUUGUUUUUCAAUGAAAGUUUUGGGGAGCUACCAAAGAACUGCUGUGUGCUUUGCUAUUAGAAAUGUAUUAUUUUUAUAUGUGUGGGUUUCAUUCUCUACUCACUUGUGAGUUUGUUGUGUGUCUCUAAGAAUGAUUGCUUGAGUUUACCUGGCUGCAACAGCUAAUUCACCUUAUAGGUACUGAUACGUCAUACAUUUAUACGAGUGUUAUAUUUCACUGUUCACUCUUCACUGCUGGCAGAUUUGACUUAAUUUAAUAAAUGUGCAGAUGAAUCCACCGGGGACGUCCACCAUUUCAUCCAUACUUGCUUAACAGUGUAUUGUUUACUACUGUAUAUGUAAUUGUUAUGAAGAGUUAGAAUUUUUUCCAGCCACCAGAAGGCACUAUAUGCUGUCCAUUUUAUUCCAUGUGCAGCAAGCCCUGGUGGCUGCAGAAGGACUGAUUCAAUAAAGAUGCAGAUGGAUGGUGAGGCUUCCUCAAGUUACUGCAUCUGUAGGUGUGCACACUUGACAAUAAUCAUAAACCUGUGUGUGUGUGCUCUGUUCUGAAGCGCUGUGAUGAGUUAGUAAAGAUAAACUUCACGUCAGAAACACAGGUGACGAUGUUUGCUGGCUGUCCUGCAAUAAAGUCACAGAAAGAAACUG